AAAAUAUAAAAGUCUGUUUCGCUAAUAAAUAAGCGAAAAUAUGUCAUCUGACAUUGAGAGAUCUAAGAAUUGUGAAAAAUGUGGAAAUCCAAUGUUGGAAAAAGAAAAUCCUGACAUGAAUUUAUCUCAUAUUCCCUCUCUCGUACCGAGAGCUAUGAGAAAGUACUGGCCUCUUUCUACAAGUUCCAUCAGAAACCCUGCUGAUUUUGACGCAGUGACAGACGAAAAAGAAAAAUGUCCAGAUUCAUUUUCGGAAAAUAAUGAACCAAAUAUAUCUGCCUCUAUUUCACCAGUGAUUUUAGAAAAUAACUCAGCAUGGAAUGAUGAUAAUAGCUCAGAAAGCAAUCCACUAUUGGAACCUGAUUCACAAAAUUUGCUUUCUGAACAUAUUUUAGAACUUCACACGAAUUCAGAAGUUGCACCAGAUAUAGUUGAUAGGCAAUUUAAUGAAUUAGAAUUCGAGGCAAAUUUAAAGUCUAUUUCUUAUCAACGAAAUCAGGCAGCUGAAUCUUCCAAAAACUGCAUUAUUUCUUUUAACUCUUCAUCACAGUGCAUCUCUUACUUGAAUAGAGAAAGGAUCUCUCAUUCUAUACUCUACAAAUGUACGUUUGAAUUGAAUAUAUUUAGGAACUGGAUAAAUCAAAUGACUUAUUUGACAUUAACUAAUAUGGGGAGAGAUGGAAAUAAGUCUUUUGAUGCAUUUUUUCAAAAUAUUAAUACUUUUGAUGACAACAAAAAUUCAUUAUGCCUAAGUAUGUUAAAUUAUAUAAAUACUUUACCUUCUGAGUUUAUAGAACAAAUUUUUCAAAGAAUGUCUAAAAUGAAAUCUGAUUCUACACUCCUCUCUCUUCCUUCUAUAAAACUGGCAUGGGAAACAUACGAUAUAAGCAAAAAAAUGGCAGCAUCAAAAGUUAAUGUGAAACAAAACCGACGGUUCUGUUCACGAGGUUCCACUUUCGAUAUAAGAGCAAUUUUAGACAAAGACAUUUCAGAAUCAAUUACCAGAAGUAAAUUUUUAAACAUCUAUGAAGUGCCUAUUAUGCUUAAAAGCCUUAUUAAGCCUUAUUCUCAAAAUUUAGAAUUUGAGCGUACAAAGAGUAACGAGCAAAAUUUAAAUCUAAUGCAACUAUGUAAACUCGGUUAUAUGCAGAACUGCCAAAGAGAAUAUGGCUUAGAAUUAGAUCAAGAAGAACGUACAAAAAAUAGCCAAGAAGAACACAUCAAAAGCGUGAGUGUAUACACAAGAAGUAAUCAAGACCAAAAUCUAAAAGUCAGAAGAUUAAGUACUAUAAGAGAGAAAGGACCAAUCAGAAUUCAAAAGAAUGAAGACCUAAUUUCAGGCAUUGGAAGAACAAACUCCGAACUUACUUUACCUAUUAAACGUGAGACGGCUGAAUUGAAAAAAGAAACGAAUUUAAAUGGAGGUAAGAGAAGAUCAGGAAAUGAACUUACAAUUUUGUCAAAGACCUUAAAUAAUAAAUAUUUUAAAUUGAAUAAGAAAUCAAUAAAAGGAAUUAAUAGUAGUAAACUGAUCAGCAAACAAGAAAACGAAAUAGUCUGUAAUCACAGCAAUCCUGCUUCCAUGAAUGGAACAGAAACAAGAACUACUACUCAAAAACAUUCUGAAACAAAUGACAAACAAUUGAAAGAUGAAAACAAAUUCCCACGUAAUCCAAAAAAAAUUAUCAGCCGAUGCAAAAGCAAUAUAAUUCAACCUACACGAUUUGAAAUCAAUUCCUUCAAGAACCCAAAUAAUACUCAUGCUCAUUUCUCCAAGUCUGAUUGGUUUUCUAUGGACAAACCAGUUCUUUUGAAAUACGCUGAAGGAAAUACUGGUAAAAGUACAGAAAUAUUGUUGUAUGCAAUUCAUUCAAUGCAAGCUAUUAUUGAAAAUGAAAGUUGUAUCAGUCAGUGCACAAUUUUCGAGAAGUUGUUGCAGAGCUCUAGGACGUACACCGGAAAAAAUCCUAUUUGCGUGCUUAUCAAUCCACGAAAAGUUAUCAAAACGCUAAGGGCUGAAGAAUUAGCUUCACAGAAUAUAAUACCCAUACAUACAUCUAGCGGUACACAUAAUUUACUCAAAACUGAAUGCAAGAGUAAUGCAAAUGUCUUGCCUUGUGCUUCUAAUGAAGAAUGGAAAUACAGCAGUGGUUUUCCUUACUGCGAUUUGCAUUUAAAAAAUGACGAAUGUUGCAAAAUUCGAACACACGGGAAAUCCAAGCAGAAUCAAUUUGGUAUGAGAAGUAGAAAACAUGACGCUGGAAGUACUAGUGACCCACUUUCCCCAUCAAACUUACAAAGAAAGAAAUUAAUUAUAAGAACCUGCAGAAGGAAAAAAUCAAGAACAGCUUUAAAACGAAUUAAUAUAAGAAAAAUCGUAACUUCUUUUUUUAAAAAUGCGUUUCGUUCAUUUUCUUUGCUUGGAGGACACCUUAGAUCUGGAGCAGUCAUAACGAAAUCUAACAGCAAUUACUGGCUGAGAAAAGCCGGGUUGGCUUCGGAUUCCCAUAGUCUGGCUGUUGCAAGUGAAUUGUUUCAAGCAGUAGCAGGGACUAAGAUAGUGCUUAACAUCUACGAUUAUAUGAAAUUCCUGAUAGCAUUUGCUCGAUGGAAGCGAAUGAUUGUGCCAGAAGUUGUGAAGCAACUGAUGCUCUGUAAACUUCCUUCCAGAGUAAAGAACAAAAAUCUUGGAAGUACAAUGAAGGGGAAGAAGACUUUUUUGUGCGAAACCGCAUCAAAAGAAGAAAUCAGCCGAUUAUCUGUGAGGAUUAACAGCCGCUCACUUCCGAAUCUUAAUUUAAUUUAAGUAUAUCAUGUUUUGCUUGGAAAUCAUUUGAAUAGUAUACACAUGUUGCUGUCAAUCAUUUUUUCCAGAAAAGUGUAGAAUUCUUGUAAGAUUCUGGAUUAAUUCUCUAAGUAUAAAAUGAGAAAUUCCAUGUAUCAAUAUCAUUAAA